CAGUAACUUCGUGCUCGGGAAUGCCCAGGUGUGCUCGCUGUACCCCAUCGUAUACUGCAGCGAUGGGUUUUGCGAGCUCACGGGGUACGCGCGGGCCCAGAUCAUGCAGAAGGGGUGCGCUUGCAAGUUCCUGUACGGUCCUGAGACGAUGGACGAACAUAAGGUGGCGAUUGAGAAGGCGCUGGAGACCAAAUCGGAGCUCAAGAUGGAAGUGCUGUUUUACAAGAAGAAUGGCGCGGCGUUCUGGUGCCUGCUGGACAUCGUGCCGAUCAAGAACGAGAAGCGGGAGGUGGUGCUGUUCCUCGCCUCCCACAAGGACGUCACCAGCUCCAAGAUGGAAGAGGUGUCCUUCUAUCCGGGAUACGAGAACGAUGAAAACGAGAACCUUGACCCAGAGGCACCGUCGGCGGCCAAGUACGGGAGGAGACGAAGCCGCGCAGUGCUGUACCAGUUAUCAGGACACUACACGCAGGACAAGGGCAAGAACAAAUUGAAGCUCAAUAACCAGAACCUCCUCCAGCCUCACUCCGCGGCGCCGCUUCCUGAGUACAAAACCGCUAGCAUUCAAAAGUCUCGCUUCAUCCUGACCCACUACGGGAUGCUGAAGACCUGCUGGGACCUGGUCAUCCUCCUCGCUACCUUCUACGUCGCCGUCAUGGUGCCCUACAACGCCGCCUUCCUCGACCAGACGCAGCAAGACAAGCCCACCAUCGUGCCGGACGUGGUGGUCGAGGCGCUCUUCUUCGUCGACAUUAUCCUCAACUUCCGCACGACGUUCGUCAACAAGAAGGGCGAGGUGGUGCUUAGUCCUAUCCGCAUCGCCACGCACUACUUCAAAGGCUGGUUCGUGCUUGAUCUGGUGGCGGCUAUUCCCUUCGAUCUCCUCCUCGCGGCUGAUGUCUACAGUUCAGCCACCAACAUCCACCUGCUGAAGCUGACGCGACUACUUCGGUUGGCGCGCCUUCUGCAGAAGAUGGACCGUUAUUACCAGUACUCGGCGCUCAUCCUGACGCUGCUCAUGCUCUCCUUCACCCUGGUCGCGCACUGGCUGGCCUGCGUCUGGUACGCCAUCGCCGAGCCGCAAGUGAACCUGUGGGAGGAAGGGGAGCCACGGAUCGGCUGGAUAUUCGACCUGGCGCACCGUCUGGAGACUGAAGUGAGGAACGUGACCAUCGUGCAGAAGUACCUGACGGCGCUGUACUUCACCUGCUCCUCCCUCACCUCCGUCGGGUUCGGUAACGUCUCCGCCAACACGAACCACGAGAAGAUCUUUAGCAUCGUCACCAUGUUGAUUGGAGCUCUCAUGCACGCCACAGUCUUCGGCAACGUGACCUCCAUCAUUCAGCGGAUGUACCUGCGUCGUUCCCUCUACCAGACCAAGUGGCGAGACCUGAAGGACUUCCUCGCCAUCAACCAGAUCCCGAAGGAGCUGCGCCAGAGGAUGCAGGACUACUUCCAAACCAUGUGGAGCCUCAACCAGGGUAUUGACAUCAACGAGACCUUGAAGGAGUUCCCGGAGGAGCUGCGCGGGGACAUCUCAAUGCACAUCCACCGCGAGAUCCUGUCGCUGCCAAUCUUCGAGACGGCGUCCCAGGGCUGUCUCAAGCUGCUCAGCCUCCACAUCAGGAACAACUUCUGCGCCCCCGGGGAGUACCUGGUACACCGCGGGGACGUGCUGCACUACAUCUUCUACCUGUGCAAUGGUUCCAUGGAGGUGGUCAUGGAUGAUAUGGUGGUGGCUAUCCUAGGGAAGGGAGACCUGGUCGGCAGCGACGUGGAUGAGCACCUGAGGAACGGUGGGGACACGGUGGUGAAGUCAUCGUGUGACGUGAAGGCGCUCACUUACUGCGACCUCAAGUCCAUCUUCAUCCCGGGCUUGAUGGACGUCCUCAAGAUGUACCUCGAGUACCAGCAGGAAUUUGCCAACGAUAUCAAGCACGAUCUCACCUAUAAUCUGCGGGAGGGUUACGACAGCGAGCAGCAGGACAUGGAGAUCGGCUCAGGAAAGAACCUCCUGCCUUCCAUCAGCGAGGACGACGAGGAGCGAGGCAGCGAGGAGGAGGACAAGUCGCCCGUGUCCACGUCGCCUCGCUCGCCGCUUCACUCCCGCACCACCACAAGGUUCAACUUCGCACGGAAUGAGGAGGAUGUUGGCAGUCCUCGCUGGGGCCACCGCAGUCGUGAGCGAAGUGGAGGAACGCCGGUGCGAGGAGCCCUCAAGACGCUCUCCCCGACACGCCUCCACCACCGCUCCAACGACGAGCUGCGCGGCGACGACCAGGCCAAGGUGCAGUUAGAGAAACUGGACACGCAGGUCACCACGCUGCACUCUGACGUCAGCGGCCUCACCCAGGAGGUUCGGUCGGCGCUGCAGCUGCUGCAGUCCAUCAGCCACAACAUCGGCGGCAUCGACAACGAGGGCGGCGGAGACGAGCACGGCAGCUGCUACACUGUGGCCAGCAACGACGGGAGGCGGCUGACGUGCGGCAACGUUGUCGCCACCGGCGGGGCAAGCGGCGGCAGCGGCAGCAACAGUUACAUGCAGGAGAACCGCCUCGCCCCUAUGUGCAGAUCCUCGCCCAGUGUGUUCGCCGCUACUUAUCGCGAAUCCAGAGGCUCCUCCACCCUGGGCCGUCACCGCACCCGAAACGUGUCCACGCAGACUGACCUCCCCAUAAACGUUCCUGUCGCGGUGCUCGAGGCGUUCGUUCUGGCUCACCGAUCUCGCGUCCUUCAGCUGCUUGGAGUACCGGACGUGCCCGAUGAGUCUCAAGAGUCUCCCAGCGCCACACAGCCCCAAGCCUCUUCACCAGCAGCCAGCGACCAGGGCGCCACUGAGUCAGAGGAGACGAGCACCAGUAGUUCGGAAAACUUAACCUCCUCCUCUGAGCAAGACCACUCUCUCCAUGGGCCUCGCUCCCCUCCCGGCCAAAACUCUGUACAAAAUCAAAAGCCCUCCAUAACCAUACAGCCGGCAGCCAGCCUUGGCGGCGAGACCAGAAACAAUAACAACAACAGGACGCCUAGCGCACCCCCUCUGGAAAUGUACCAACUGACGAACCUCCGUAACUGGAAUCCAACUCCGCGCCUCAACAAAUCGUUCAUCUCUUCUUCUCGCAGCACCGGGAGCCUGAGGGACAUUCUCUCCAAUAAUGUUAAGAACCAGACGCGUCAAUCGCCCAGCCAGGAGAGCGGCGCCUGCCCCGCCUUGGUACACAACCAGGUCCCUAAGAGUGAGACGGAUGCAGACAAGACUUUAGUUCACUACACCUGUGCAUCGAACUGCCCGAAGACAGAUCUCAUAUGUUUCUCGGAGGUGAACCACACCAUGACUCGCAGCACCUCCAUGCCUGUGGCCGCCUACAAGAUUCAGCCAAAUCCUUCCAUUUCCCCCGCAGCCUCCAGUCACCCCCAUUCCAGCAGGGCGCCGGCAGCCCCCAUCCCCCAGUCCCCCCCGACACAAACCACCUCGAGAGAAACCCAGAACAAGAAACCGACAUACGUGACAGACUUCUAGCCAAGGAUCAAAAGCACUGAUCACUUCGCGACGCCAGUACAAACAAAGAGUUGGUAGGUCUCACCCGGUCGGUUAUCCUUCACGGCACAAGGAUGCACUUCGCCUUGCCCGCGCUGCGCACGCAGCUUCUUCCGGCAGUUUUGAUCGCAUCUGCUGAAUCUCAACUUUCCAAUUAUGCAUCUCGUAAUUAAUCGAAGCUUUAGACUAAUCUUUACAAUGGCCGAGACACAGUUGCGAGUUUUAACGUAUUCCCCUCAAAGACACUUACAGUAUUAUAAUCUUUUAAGAAUUAAGAUUAAACACAGAAAGCGUCACAAGGAUUCACGGGAGAAGUACACGCCACUCGUGAACACACUCGCGGGAGCGUUAACGACUGCCUGAUGCAGUGGCCAAACACGUGCUCUUCUUGACUCUUUCCAUUGUUCACUCCAUCCACCGUAACGUGAUUUAUGUACUAUUGUCAUUAUUUCCGCAGUGUUUCGCUAUGAAUAGGUAACGCGUCCAGGACAGCUGAGGCCCACGGGAACGAGGCUGUGAGCCUCCUUCACCUGGUGUCGUCCUGUCCGCGUCACCAGUCGGCGCCGCGUGCCCCGCCGCGCGGCACUCACCCUCAGCGCCUGGCCGCGCCUCGGCCCGCCUGUCCCUGUAGCACUAGCCGGUUUUUCUCUUCACAGACUGGUCGGUCGAUACUGUUGUUAAUUCUGCAUUAAGACUUUAUUAUA